AUGUCCACCAAAAUCCACGCAUCCGUGCUCCACGCCGCGAAAGAUCUCCGCGUAGAAUCUCGCGAAGUUCCCUCUCCAGCAGCAGAAGAAGUACAAAUCCGGAUAGCAUCCACCGGUCUUUGCGGCAGCGACCUCCACUACUACUCUCACUUCCGCAAUGGAGACAUUCAAGUCCGCGAACCCUUGAGUCUCGGCCAUGAAUCCUCCGGAAUAGUCACAGCAAUCGGCUCCUCGGUAUCAACCCUCCAAGUCGGCGACAAAGUAGCUCUAGAGGUCGGAAUUCCCUGCGGUAAAUGUCAACGUUGCGAUGAAGGCCGCUACAACAUCUGCAAGGAUGUGAGAUUUCGAAGCAGCGGCAAGGCAUUCCCUCAUUUCCAAGGAACUUUGCAGGAGAGGAUCAAUCAUCCUGCACAAUGGUGCUAUAAACUUCCGGAUGAGAUGAAUUUGGAUGUUGGUGCUUUGCUUGAGCCCCUUGGAGUUGCCUUGCAUGCCUAUCGGAGAAGUUUGAUGCCAGAGAAUGCAACAGUCGUUGUUUUCGGAGCUGGUGCGGUGGGUUUGCUGUGUGCGGCUGUUGCGAAAUUGAAGGGUGCUGGAAAGAUUAUCAUCGCGGAUAUCGAUGCUGGGCGGCUGGAAUUUGCAGUCCAGAAUGGUUUUGCACAUGCCAGCUAUACUGUACCCAUGCGGCGAGGCAAGGACAUCGAUGAGAGUCUGACCAUUGCCAAGGAAACUGCUGCAGAGAUCGGACAGAUCGAUGGUGUUGGGGAGGUCGAUGUUGUGUUUGAGUGUACUGGCGUACCCUCGUGUGUGCAAGCUGGGAUUUAUGCCACAAAACCAGGCGGUCGUCUCAUGCUCGUGGGUAUGGGUCACCCGAUCCAGACACUUCCCCUCGGUGCUGCAGCAUUGCGGGAAGUGGACAUCGUCGGUGUCUUCCGAUACGCGAAUACAUACAAAGAGAGCAUCGACAUUGUACUUCAAGCGAUGAAAUCAUCAGACGGCCCCGACUUCUCCAAGCUCAUCACGCAUCGAUUUGCUGGACUGGAAGAAGCGGUGAAAGCCUUUGAGAUGGCCGGAAAGACCAAGGAUGCGGAAGGAAAGUUAGUAAUCAAGGUCAUCAUUGACAGCGGCGAUGUCGAGAACUGA